AUGAAUCCUCCCACCGCAACCAUCAACGGCGUUACCAUUCGUAACCAUGACAGGCCUUAUGACGCAAUCUCUCCUCAGAGAACAGAGUUGUCUCAGCAAGGCCGAACUGUCCUUGUCUGCGGCGGUUCAGCAGGUAUUGGCCAUGCAAUCGCGCGAAACUAUUGCAUCGCUGGCGCAUCUAGUGUCAUAAUCCUGGGACGUCGUGAGGAUGUUGCUAGUGAUGCAGCACUGAAGCUUGACCAGAAUUACCCCAGCACGGCUGUCACUGCACGCACCUGUGAUGUCUUCAAUAGGGAUCAGGCCCAGAAAAUCUGGGAUGACCUGGAGAAGGAGGGUAUUUUAAUCGAUGUCCUCGUCCUCAACGCUGUCGGCGAGCCGGCAUUGCAGACGAUACUCGACCAAGGUGCCGACAGGCUGUGGCAAGACUUUGAGAACAAUGUUCACGCCCCGCUUUACCUUGUCGAAAGAUUCUACAAGCAGCCUGGACAUACCAAGCAAAAGUUUGCCAUCUCUGUCUCAACGCAAGAUAUCCAUCGAUGGGAUAGUGCUCCUCAAAUGCCAGGGUACCAGCUGACCAAGAGCUCCUUUGCCACGGUUAUGCAGCAAGUCGCUAGGGAUACACCCGAAGAAAAGAUGCGUGUCAUCUCAUUCCAUCCUUCUAUAGUCUUCACUGAGUCAGCACGUAAGACUGGGUAUACUGAGGACACUCUUCCUUGGACAGACGAAAACCUCCCUGGUGGCUUUGCAGUUUGGGCUGCUUCCGCCGAGGCGCAGUUUUUACAUGGUCGAUUUGUCUGGUCAACAUGGGAUAUCAAUGAUCUGGCAUCUGGAGAGCUCCGAGCCCAGAUUGGUGAAGACCAGUGGUUGCUCAAGGUUGGAGUUAAAGGUCUAUGA